ACAACGUUGCGUUGAUUGGCGCUUGCUUGGAGUUUACGGCCACUCACGGAAUUUCAUUGGUCAACGUGAGGAAAGAGGGGCGUGAUCACGACGGACAGCGGAGAGCCGCGCUGCGGGAGGAGCGAGCAGCGUGUUUCCGGGAGUCGUCUAUCGAGCGGCGCGGAACACACGCGGCAAUGGAAGCCGAGUUUCGGGAAAUCGAUGAGCUCGGGAACUGGAACGCCGUUUACCAGGAGAUUAGGCAGCAGUCCAGUGACCUACCAUGCAAGAUCGCCAAACUUCCAGAAAACAGAAGUCGUAAUCGCUACAGAGAUGUCAGUCCGUUUGACCACAGCCGUAUUCGUCUACAGAUCGGCAGUAAUGACUACAUCAAUGCCAGUCUGAUCUCAGUGGAUGAAGCUCAGAGAAACUACAUAUUAACUCAGGGUCCGUUACCAAACACAUGCGGUCAUUUCUGGGAGAUGGUGUGGGAGCAGCGCUGCCGAGGGGUCGUGAUGCUGAAUCGUGUUAUAGAGAAAGGCUCGAUAAAGUGUGCUCAGUAUUGGCCUCAGCGAGAGGAGAGGGAGGGUGUUUUUGAAGACACAAAUUUCAGACUUACUCUGAUCUCAGAGGAUGUGAAAUCGUACUAUACAGUACGACAGCUGGAGCUGGAAAAUCUGUCGACACAGGAAACGCGGGAGAUUCUUCAAUUCCACUACACCACAUGGCCUGAUUUUGGUGUGCCAGAGUCGCCUGCAUCUUUUCUCAACUUCCUGUUCAAAGUGCGUGAGUCGGGCUGUCUGAGUCCAGAGCACGGCCCUGUUGUGGUCCACUGCAGCGCUGGUAUUGGCCGCUCUGGAACGUUCUGCCUUGUAGACACCUGCCUUCUUCUGAUGUCUCAGAGGAAAGAUCCAACAUCAGUACGCAUACAGGAGGUUUUGCUGGAAAUGCGACGAUACCGCAUGGGUCUGAUCCAGACAGCUGACCAGCUGCGUUUCUCUUACCUCGCCGUCAUAGAGGGUGCCAAGUACAUCAUGGGAGACACCUCUGUACAGGAGUCAUGGAAGGAGUUAUCAAAUGAGGAGGAUCUUCCCCCCGAAUUCACUCCUCCUCCCAGACCACGGCCCCGAAUAGACCCCCCAAAUGGCAAAGGCGACCUGGUGAACUCUGACACCACACACUUCUUCAGUGAGAUAAUAAAAAACAGUGCAGAAAUCUGUGCAAACAGUGCGCCCCAGACAUUCACAGAUGGGCAAGAGCUUCGCAAACGGGCAGUCGCAGCCUGUGAGGUCAGAGCGACGGAGUUGUCAAGUGAACCUGAUGAGCCAAUUGUGGCAAGAGAAGCCCCUCCUAAACCUGCACGGUCUCCGCCCAAGACUCCCACGGAAGAGGCGACUCCUGUUGCUGUCAAUGGAGCGUGGAGCCCCUUGCUGACCAGUGUGUUUAUGUGCACGGUACUGGCUGUAGGUGCUUAUGCCUGUUACCACACUUAUUUCCACUGAUGCUCUCUUUUUCCCAUCCAUCUCUUUCUCUAUUCCUCCAUGUGCUGGCUAUUGGUGGGAAAAGAAAAAGAGAGACACACACAGACAUUCACACUUUUUUCAGCUGGACCCGUCCCACUCUCUCCGAAUGUCUUUGGGAAAGAGUUUCAAAGACUUUUCUUAGCCAAACUGCUGUCGUCUCCCUCUAUACACACAUUUUUACACACAAUCUAAUAAACUUGUCCGUUUAAAACCUCAGGGCCUCACAAUUCAGGUGUUGCUACCCAAAUGUUAAACACAGGUAAAAGAAAAUCCAAAAGACUCUGUUAUUGCUGCAGUAAGUAAGGGAAAUUUGUGUGUGUGUGUGUGUGUGUGUGUGUGUGUGUGUGUUUUUAUAUCUCAAUCAUUUUUUUCUUCAUUUUUAAGUCUCAGAUGGAGCUGCACAGGAGGUGAGCUCCUCUUAUAGGCCUACAUGCUGAAAACACAAAUCUGCUGUACGUGAUAGAAAACCUGUUUGUAUUUGUGUGUCCUGGAGAAAAGGGAGAUCACAAGUAAUCUGGAAUGUCUGAUACCAUCAAGUGCUCUGUUAGGCUACUGUCACAGCAGAAAACAUCCCAAAAGCUUUUUCUUUUCAUUUUUUCCCCCCCAGCCUCAGCUUUUGUUUAUACCCCAAAGAUGACACUGGCACUUCAUCUGAGUGAGGAAAAAACGGCCUCUCGUUCAUUCAUUUGUUUUCUUUGUCAAAUCCAUCGCCUUUCAACCAAAAGGUUCAGACCAUUUAAAAUGCUGGAGCUGGUGUCUUAACUUGGAUGUCACAUUCAGAACGAACAAAGUUCAGAUCAGCUGGUUCUCCAGAGGCCCGAUGCAAUAAAAGUAGAUCACUGAGUGUGUCCAGAACUCGCAUUUCACUUUUCGUUGAACGGAAAUACUAAAAUCACUUCAGAUCAGGCAAGCAUUCUUACUAGACCUUGUGGUCUGCAUUUGAUGGAUUUUUACUUCCAAAUUUGCAUGCAUUUCACUCAAUGCCAGCUCUGGAAAUCAAGAUAAAGCAAGUUAACCUCGCUGAUUGAAUGUUAAAACAAAAAUGUGGCAAAGCCCGACCAGCAGGUGGCAGUAUUGAGCAUAAUGAGUUUUUUCAUUUGUAUUCCCCCUUUAGUGGAUGGUGACUCAUGGGACAGGGUUUGAAUUUUAUUUUUACCUUUUUUCUUCUGCAUUACAGAUACAUUCAUCCUUCUGGCUCUUGUCAUAGGACUUAAAUGGUGUGCAUUGAGCGCAAGAGGUCAGACUAACCAAAAAAAUAAAACCAAACACCAGCACUGAAUGAAUGCACAGAGAGAAGCAACCAGUGUCUGUCUUUGUGUUUUACUGUUUUAUUAUAUUAUUGUCAUAGUAAUUAUUAUCGAGAGAGAUUAACGGCAGACGGGCAUAGACAUUUCCUUUUAAUUAAAACACGCUGCAGAAGUGUUACUUUUGAACAAUGUGUGAACAAGUCUAAUGCAGUAAUCUCAAAACAAAUGAAGCCUCUUCUUUAGGUGUAUUGAGGACUGAAAUGCUUUUAAUUGUGACUUUGCUUUGUGUGGUGACUGUCUGACUGCUGCUUGACCAGUCCAGAAUAGGUGGUUUGUAGGGGUUCAGUGUUUCACACACUGAAGCUGUCGAUGUUUGGUUUGAAGGUUCUGUUGUAACAGAGUGCCACCAUUCAUCGUAGUGACUCUCAGAAUCCGGUCCCAUUGCUGGACCACAGAAUGUAAAGUCUCUUCUUGCCAGCUUUAUUUACACACACAUAUAUAGAGAAAUGUAUUUGUCUAUGUCCUUGUUUGUCGUCUUUCAGUUAUCUUUGGACUGGCAGACAUCAGACUUCCUUGGCCUUUGUAUAUGAGGCUUAAGAAUUUCUUUUCCCCCUCCUAGCAUCAUGUUGUGUCCUUUUUAAUGUUAAUUAACCUUUUCUUUUCUUUUUUUUUUUUGUAAGAAAAGCAUAUGCUUUGUUCCAGUUGGAUGUAUUGACAUUUGAAAUUUUAUUUUUUGGACAGAAUACAGUGCAGACGCUGUGGUAAUAAACAUAUAAAUCUGA